UCAAUUUACUAAUUAUCGGUUUCAAACAUGUAUUCUGUGUGCACAAAUUAAAGCAAAUUCUCAGUACUAAAAAGCCCUAAAACAUCUUCAAUCUGAGUAUUUCCCUUUUGCCGAGUGCCGACUGAAAAUAAACUCUUAUUUUUGCUUUUUUUGAGUUCCAAAAAUGGGGAAUUGGAACAGAAGAAGAUGGAUACCCAGAAAGAACUACAAGCAGGAAGAUUUCCCCCCUUCUCAGCCGUACCAUUACAACCAAUCUCCUUAUCAUGCUAUCCAGCAAAACAGUGUCCCAUUAUGGGAAAUAGAUUUCUGCAGAGCAGCCGGGAUUCCCUGGCACAAGGUUGUGAGUGCAAAAACAUAUAUGUACUGUUAUGAAAAUGUGGUUAAGUGGGAUGAUUCUGCAGGUCAAGAAGCAUUCAACGAUGCAAAAAGGAGAUAUUGGGCGGAGAUUCGUGGUCUUCCCCCUCAGAAUCCUCCUCCCAAUCCAGAUUUGUACAUUGAUAAAGUUGAUUGGGACUCAGCUAUCGAUCCGGAGCUGAUAUUAGAUUUGGACAGAGAAUAUUUUAACCCUAAUGAAGUUAAAAACUCUGUCAAGUCUGAGAACAACUUAGUUCCUGGAUGCACCCUGGUAUGGGAGGAUAAAAAUGCUGAUAAUGGUGAAAAUCAUUGGGGAAGUGGUAAUGUUCAGGGCUCUAAAACUGCUGCUAAUGGUGAAAAUCCUUGGGAAAGUGGCAAUGUGCAGGGCUCUAAAACUGCUGCUAAUGGUGAAAAUCCUUGGGAAAGUGGCAAUGUGCAGGGCUCUAAAACUGCUGCUAAUGGUGAAAAUCCUUGGGAAAGUGGCAAUGUGCAGGGCUCUAAAACUGCUGCUAAUGGUGAAAAUCCUUGGGAAAGUGGCAAUGUGCAGGGCUCUAAAACUGCUGCUAAUGGUGAAAAUCCUUGGGAAAGUGGCAAUGUGCAGGGCUCUAAAACUGCUGCUAAUGGUGAAAAUCCUUGGGAAAGUGGCAAUGUGCAGGGCUCUAAAACUGCUGCUAAUGGUGAAAAUCCUUGGGAAAGUGGCAAUGUGCAGGGCUCUAAAACUGCUGCUAAUGGUGAAAAUCCUUGGGAAAGUGGCAAUGUGCAGGGCUCUAAAACUGCUGCUAAUGGUGAAAAUCCUUGGGAAAGUGGCAAUGUGCAGGGCUCUAAAACUGCUGCUAAUGGUGAAAAUCCUUGGGAAAGUGGCAAUGUGCAGGGCUCUAAAACUGCUGCUAAUGGUGAAAAUCCUUGGGAAAGUGGCAAUGUGCAGGGCUCUAAAACUGCUGCUAAUGGUGAAAAUCCUUGGGAAAGUGGCAAUGUGCAGGGCUCAAAGCCUGGUGACAAUCGUGAAAAUCCUUGGGAAAGUGCUUCUAUUGAGGAUACGAAGCAGACUUGGAAUGAAUGGUAUACCCCUGUAAACAUCAAAGAUGAUAAUCCGUGGGAAAGGAGUUCCCCUAAAACCCAGGGCAUCUUGAAGGACACUGCCUGGGGAGGCUGUGGAAAUGAGUCAUGGGGUUGGAACACGGGGAUGAAUUAUGAGAAUGGAUAUGCUUGUGUUGAUAACAGUUUCAGCAAUUUGUGGCAUCAAAGUGGUGCAUGUGUUUCUGGUGCUAAAGGAAAUGAAUGGGUUGAUAAUAGCGUUGGUUCCUGGGGUCAAACCUAUUGGAAUACUGGGGGGCAUGAGCAGCGGAAUUCAGACUAUGGCUCUCGUUGGAAUAGGAAUCUUAGUCGAGGUGGUGGAACAACCUCAAAAGACAGAAGAUGGAGAGGAUCUGAGGUCACGUCUUGGGAUUAUCAGCAACAACCAAGGCAGAGUAAUGAGAGAAAUGUGGAUUUUGGAAGACCUAGCAGAGGUGAUAAAACCUUUUAUACUGGUUCGCGCAAGAGGGAAAGUUCUUCACAACAUGUGCCGAGGUACAAAAGCUCAAGGUUUCAAAGUGAUGAACAGAGGACUGCGACCAAUUGGAGAGAAGAAAAAACACAGAAGAGGGUUACUUUUAACAUGUAUGACUAGUUGAUCAGCUCCUUAAGUUGGCUUUUCAAUGAAAAGUUGACCAACUUCUGGAUCUUUUUGUAUGUUAUGUAACAUCAUUGGGUGUUACUGAGUCUAAUGGUGGAGCAGUUGCAACCAUGAUCUUGCAGAGGGAUGGUAGAAAAGUAAGCAAGUUGGAAGGCAGUGGAAUAGGAGAAUGUUUAUGGCAUUGAGCGGAAAUUUGUAACAUAAAAAAGCUCAUUUCUGUUCCAUUUAUUUAUUUUUGGUUAAAGAGAAAAUAUCCUGUUGGAUGGUGGAUAGUUGGGUAGGUAUGAUAGAUGAAUGAUAAAUUGCAUGUUGCUAAGCCCAUGUACCUUUGCUGUAAGUGGCUUUGAUAUCUCGAUGUAAGCUUGUAAAUCUUUAUAUAACUUCACCCUUUUCCCCUCUGGGAAUUGGCAACAGGUAUAAAAUGCAUCGAGGGCUUUUGUACUUUUA